AAGUCAGCAGAAAUAGUUUAACCAAAAGGGUCCCGCGAAGUAGGGAAUGAAUACCUUCCUUCCUUUUAAUUCUAUGUAUAUUUGUUUUAGUCUGAGGAAUUGACUUAGGAUUGCCAACAAAAGAGAGUGAAGAGUAGCGAGACACUCUCUCUGUCUGUGUUUUUUCACAUUCUUCAUAGCUUUUGGGGUUUUUUCCUUUAUUUCUGAAAAGAGUCCUGGUCAAAUUAAUUGGAUUGGAUGGGUAAGACAGUUCAGUUGAAUGGAUUCCAUUCUGCUGCGACUGCAGAUGCAGUUAAGGAAUUUGUGGAGCGAUAUACAGGUGAAGGAACUAUUUUUGCUAUUAAGAUUAGGCAAUGCAAAGGUAAGCGUCCACUGGCAUAUGCUAUCAUACAAUUCACCACCACUAGAUAUGCUGAGUUGAUUAUCUCCUUGGCUAGUAAACGCCUAUGGUAUGGGACCUCUUAUGUGACGGCUUGGGAAAUGGAACGUGAUAUUGUACCAAAGCCAAGAACCUUUCUGCAUAGCAUGGAAAAUAUAAAGCUGCAUCUUGGCUAUCAGAUUUCAAAUAAAAAAUUUGUAUCUCUAUGGAAAGCAGUGAAUGUUUCUGUGAAAAUUGGGGCUGGAUUACAGAAAUUACAAUUUUUUUUGUCCCAUAAUUAUGUGGAAUACAAACUUGAUCUUUCCUAUGAGAAUAUUUGGCAAAUUGAUUUACAUUGUCCUCCUGGUCAAUCUACAAAGUAUCUUCUGAUUCAGUUAUUUGGCGCUCCUCGGAUUUAUGAGAAGGCUGUACGCACAUCAGGAAAUGAAUUUGACGAUCCUAUUUUUAAUUAUUUCAUGCAUAUUCCUGAUGAUCAAUGGAUCCGUGCAACUGAUUUCACUCCAUCAUGCUGUGUUGGGCAGUCUUCUUUUUUGUGUUUGGAGCUUCCUUCUGGUCACCAACUACCAAAUUUUCAGGAGAACUUUGCUUUUUACAAAGAAAGUGAAGAAGAAUAUAUCCUGGAACUUGGGUCUAGUUUUUCAUCCAAUCUGGAUCUAGUGCCUGUUGUUAGUCCUCCGCCUGGUGUUGCUUUACCAUAUGAGGUCUUGUUUAAAAUUAACUCGUUGGUUCAGAAUGGUUGUCUUGCAGGACCAACACUUGAUGCUAGGUUUUACCGCUUGAUUGAUCCAAGAAAAAUUAAGAUUUCCUACAUAGAAAAUGCCCUGGAGAAACUCUUUCACCUAAAAGGAUGUUGCUAUGAGCCUUCGAAGUGGCUCAGUGAGCAGUAUAAAACGUACAUCACAUCAAGGUAUCCUCAAAAGUCUCCUUCUAUAUCAUUAGACUCUGGGUUGGUGUACGUACAUAGGGUUCAGAUAACACCUUGUAAAGUUUACUUCUGUGGUCCAGAAAUUAAUGUAUCAAAUUGUGUCCUACGCAAUUAUCCUGAAGAUAUUGAUAAUUUUCUUCGUGUCUCAUUUGUUGAUGAGGAAUUAGAUAAAAUGUAUUCAACAGAUUUAUCUCCACGUGCAUCUUCUGGGAAUGGGGAUAGAAGAACCGGAAUCUACAAAAGGAUUCUAUCUAUUCUUAGAAAUGGCAUAGUGAUUGGUGAUAAGAGGUUUGAAUUUCUUGCAUUCUCAUCAAGUCAAUUACGGGAGAAUUCAUUGUGGAUGUUUGCUUCAAGAGAGGGACUUAAUGCUGCUGGUAUCAGAAAGCAGAUGGGCAAUUUUCGUCAAAUUAAAAAUGUGGCGAAAUAUGCUGCCAGACUGGGUCAAUCCCUCAGUUCAUCCACAGAAACUCUUAGUGUUAGUAGGCUUGAAAUUGAAAUUAUUCCUGACAUAGAGAUUAAACAUGGUGGGGUCAAUUAUGUCUUCUCUGAUGGAAUUGGAAAAAUAUCUGCUGAAUUUGCUAGGAAAGUGGCUUUAAAAUGCAAUUGUAAGGGACAAACUCCAUCUGCCUUUCAGAUUCGAUAUGCUGGGUACAAAGGUGUUGUGGCAAUUGAUCCGACCUCAUUUGUGAAAUUAUCAUUAAGGAAGAGCAUGUCUAAGUAUGAAUCUAAAAACACAAAGCUAGAUGUUUUGGCAUUUAGCAAGUUUCAACCUUGUUUUCUAAAUCGCCAAUUGAUCACCCUUUUGUCUACCCUUGGAGUUCAGGAUUAUGUUUUUGAGAAAAAACAAAGAGAAGCUGUAAAACAACUUGAUGCUAUAUUAACAGAUCCGUUAAGGGCACAGGAGGCUUUGGAUUUGAUGUCCCCAGGAGAGAAUACCAAUGUUCUAAAGGAAAUACUCAUGUGUGGUUAUAAGCCUGAUUCUGAACCAUUUCUUUCUAUGAUGCUGCAGACUUUCCGGGCAUCAAAGUUGUUGGAAUUAAGGACAAAAGCAAGAAUUUUUAUUCCAAAUGGAAGAGCAAUGAUGGGAUGUCUAGAUGAAACCAGAACCUUGGAAUAUGGUGAGGUAUUUGUGCAGUAUUCUUGCAAUAGACAUGGGCAGCUAUACAAUGAUUUCAGCAUGUGCCGUGGCAGUGGAUCAGAUCAGAAAGUUGUUGUGGGGAAAAUAGUUGUUGCAAAAAACCCUUGCUUGCACCCAGGAGAUGUGCGUGUUUUGAAGGCUGUUAAUGUGCCAGCUUUGCACCAUAUGGUGGACUGUGUUGUAUUUCCCCAAAAAGGAUCUAGGCCUCAUCCAAAUGAGUGUUCGGGUAGUGACUUGGAUGGAGAUAUCUACUUUGUCUGUUGGGAUCAUGAACUCCUUCCUCCUCAGCAAAUUCAGCCAAUGGAUUACACUCCAGCACAAAGUCUGCAGUUGGAUCAUGACGUUACCAUUGAGGUAUGGCUUUCUUGGAUAAAAUGAUAAUAUGUACAAGUAAUUGGGGUGAUUUUUUUUGGGUCUAUAUUGUAGGUUCUCUUGUUGUUUUCUUGACGUCUUCGAUUCUUAUUUUUCCUUCUAUCAAGGUAUCUCAAUGUUAUGAUUCAUGAUAUCUCUAUCCCCACCCCUUUCCCCCCUUGUGUGGCUUGAUGUCAUUAUAAUUGUUGUGACAAAUGCACGAAGCAGUAAAAUAGUAAGCACCACGAUACAAAAAUGGUUCCACAUAUUCUGUCUAAAUCCAUGGGCAACACCAAUUAUGGCGCAACCAUAGCAUGGUUAAAGUAAGUGAUGUGAUUUUAAAAGUUUAGUUAUGGGUCCGUUUGAAUUGAACUUAUUUUUGCUGAAACCGAAAACUGAAAUCACUAUAGCAAAAUAAUUUU